AUGUCUUUGUUCCCUGGUCAAUUAAGUGGUAUACGAGGAGGUAAGGGUCUUUGGGGCCACCCCGAGAAAACUGGAGGUCUAGGUGGGCAUACUGGUAGCCAUGCAUCGCUCCAUACAGCCGUGAUUCCCCCUGAUCCAAUCGAUUUUCGCAUUCCCGCUUUCAAGAAGUCCCGUGCCGCCAGCAUGCUUGACCAUCCGUACGAAGGAGAGCUUGCCUUUUCCACCUCUAACGGGUUUGAAAACCAAAAAUAUCGGCUCUUAAGAACUCUGGCCAAGAGUGAGGUCGGAUAUUGUACGAUUCUCCAUAGUUGCUUCGCAAGCAGUGCGAGAUUGAAAUUGUGUAAGUCUCGAAAGCCUAGUCCUCCUUUAUCGAGAGACGUACAUAUCUUGUCCCACGCGAUCCAGUGA